UUAGCAAUAUCCUAUUCUCCAUAUCUAGAAUUCCCUAUUCUCUGAGAAAAGAUCCUACCCUGGUACUGUUUUGAGCUUCCUCAAUUUCAGUACUACAUCAAUUGGUAUCAGAGCGAUGGCAGAGAAUGAGUCACAGUGGCCGCCGCCUCCACCUGAUCCAAUGGCAAAAGUCAUUGAAAUGUUUCAACAACUCUCUGCUGAUCAAAAAACUAUUAAUGAGAGGUUACUGCGACUUGAGAACCAAAGUGUUACUCCAAUACAAGGCAGCAAUGUACCAUUCGAGAGGGAGGACAGGUAUCAACUACAAUCUACUGUGCAUCGUCAACAUAGGAGAAGUGCUGAAAGGGCACAACAAAGAACCCCUACAGCACCACCUACCUUUGAGGAGCAUGUAAGAUCUUAUUUCAAUGGUGAUCUUGAAGCACCCCGUCGACGUGCUGAUGAUUCACAAAAAGUCAAGCUUGAAUUAAAGGAGUUCAACGGAAAGCAUGAUCCACAGGUAUUUUAUGAUUGGUUGGCUGCUUUAGAUGACUAUUUUGAUUGGUAUGAGUUGUCUGAGUCACGUAAGAUGAGACUAGCACGUACUAAGCUAGUUGGCUCAGCCCGCGAAUGGUGGAGAACUGAAGAAAGGGAUCUAGAAGAUCGUGGUAGAGCUCCCAUUACUUGGGAAGAGAUGAAAGAACAUCUUAGUGCCAAAUACUUACCACGACACUUUAGAUCACAACUGCAGGACAAGCUGAAUACUCUUCGUCAAGGGAGUAUGUCCGUUGCAGAGUAUAUGGAGCAGUUUGAUUCACUCUAUUCACGCACUGGCAUCAGGGAGAAUGAAUUACAGGUACUUUCCCGCUUUCGUUUGGGUUUGAGAUCUGAUAUAAAUCGUGCUAUUGGCGUAGUAGAUGUAUCCAAUGUCAGGGAAUGCUUCGAGAAGGCAGUACAUGCAGAGGAGUUACUAGCUCCUACGGGUAGAAGGUUUGGAUAUCAAGCUAGAGAGAUCACAAAAAAAUUUUCAGCAAAAAAUCCUACUUCUUAUCCUCCACGCACCACACCUUCUCCACGUGCUGAUCACAAGGGGAAAGCACCUAUGCCUAGCACUGCCACAGUGCAAUGCUUUCAUUGUCAGGAGAGGGGACAUUAUGCCAAAAAUUGUCCUACACAUCACAAAGUAGCAGUGAUGGUUGAUGCUGACGAUACUCCUGAUGAAGAUAAUUCCCAUAUCUUUCCAAUCCCAUUGGAAGAAGAAGACGAAAAUGUUGAUUAUUAUGAUGGGGCUGAAGCAAAUGAAGAUGACUCCUAUGGAAUUCAUGUGGUUUCUCGCAUAUUGGUGGCUGAAACCAAAGGCGAGGAUUGGCGACGUACAUGCAUAUUUUACAGCCGCAUGCGUUCAGCUGAUCGCACUGUUCAGGUGAUAGUUGACAGUGGCAGCUGCGUUAAUGUUGUCUCUGAGUUGUUUGUGAAGAAAGCACAUUUGAAGGUAGAGAAACACCCGCAGCCUUACAAAGUAUCCCUACUGAAUGGCAACACUUUGGAGGUCAAUCAGCGAUGUUUUGUUCCACUACAACUUUCUCGAUAUGAAGAAAAGGUAUGGUGUGAUGUUAUUCCUAUGAAGCUAACUGAUGUUCUUUUAGGGAGACCAUGGAUGUAUGAUAAUGAUGUUCUCACUGGCGGAAAGAAGAAUCAGUGCAUAUUUACCUUUAAAGGGCAGCGCACUAUACUUGAGCCUAUCAAUGUACCAGAGGAGAUGCGUAAGAGACAGACAUUGAGGACUAACCAGAAAGCCACCACCGAUACCAACAAGAUGCUAGUCCUUCCACAGAAGAUCUUAGCUGUUCCACAAAAGCAGUGUGAGCGAACCAGCCAUGAUACAGGCAUGAUAUUAGCCCUGGUUACUAGAGAGGUCACUCCACCACCAACAGUUCAGCUCACACGGCCUAUUAGAGAGCUUCUAACAGACUUUUCUGAUUUAGUACCUGACGAGCUACCUAAUAAGCUCCCUCCCAUGCGCGAUAUUCAGCAUGCUAUUGACUUGGUACCUGGUUCUGUGCUUCCCAACCUUCCAGCUUACUGUCUCAGUCCUACAGAACACACUGAGCUCAAAAGGCAAGUUGAUGAACUACUACAGAAGGGGUUUAUCAUUGAGAGCCUUAGUCCUUGUGAUGUACCAGCAUUACUUACUCCAAAAAAGGAUGGCUCAUGGCGUAUGUGUGUCGACAGCAGAGCAAUCAACAAAAUAACGGUUAAGUAUAGGUUUCCCAUACCACGACUUGAUGAUAUGCUAGACAUGUUGUCCGGUGCAAAGGUCUUUUCAAAAUUGGACCUUCGAAGCGGCUACCAUCAAAUUCGUAUUCGGCCAGGAGACGAAUGGAAGACCGCCUUCAAAACCAAGGAUGGACUGUUCGAGUGGAAGGUUAUGCCCUUUGGUCUGACGAAAGCACCUAGUACAUUCAUGCGAGUUAUGACACAGGUUGUAUUCCUUGGUUUUAUUGUCUCCUCCAAGGGGGUUGAAGCUGAUCCUGAGAAAAUCAAGUGCAUCACCAACUGGCCUACCCCGAAGACAAUCACUGAAGUCCGUAGCUUCCACGGUCUAGCCUCAUUUUACAGGAGAUUCAUUCGAAAUUUUAGUGCAGUCAUGGCACCAAUUUCCGAAUGUAUGAAGCAGAGUAAAGGCAAGUUUGAGUGGACAACAGCGGCGACAAAAGCCCUCCAUUUUAUCAAGAAGAAGAUGACGGAGGCCCCGGUAUUACGCCUGCCAGAUUUUAAUCGUGUAUUUGAGGUGGCAACUGAUGCUUCGCAUAUUGGGUUGGGAGGUGUGCUGAUACAAGAAGGGCACCCUAUCGCUUUCUAUAGCGAGAAACUCAACGAUGCCAAGCGACGCUACUCGACUUACGAUUUGGAGCUCUAUGCUGUCAUCCAAGUGUUACGCCAUUGGAGACACUAUCUUAUUGGUAAGGAAUUUAUUCUUUACACCGAUCAUGAAGCACUCAAACAUCUCCAUUCUCAGAAGUCAAUCAGUCAGAAGCAUGCAAAGUGGGUUGCUUACCUACAAGAGUUCGUCUUUGCGAUGAAAUACAAGGCUGGUAAAGAGAACACGGUGGCUGAUGCUUUAAGCCAAAAAAUUCUCACUAUCAAUACUUUUUCAGCACAUGCCGUUAGUAUUGAUCAGAUACGAGAUGAGUACGCGUCUGAUAAGGAUUUCAGAGUUCUAUAUGCAGAGUUACAGCAAGGUGAGCAACACCCUAAAUGUUCUGUCCACAAUGGUUAUUUGUUCUUCGGAACGCGAUUAUGCAUUCCAGACUCCUCCCUAUGA